AUAUUUAUUCCUCGGUAAUAUCAUUUUUGACUGUGCUCCCUGGUGAUAGAACUCCAUUUGCCUACCGCUGCCUCUGCAGCAGCACUUCCGCUCCGCAAGAGGGGAGAGACACGAGUCUAAGAAGCAGUCACAGACACAAAGAGAGGUUUGCUUUUUCUUUUUCUGGUCGGUAUGUCGGAUGACGAUUCGAGGGCCAGCACAAGCUCUUCUUCAUCCUCGACCUCAAAUCAACACCAAAAGGAGAAAGAAACUGUCACGAAGAAAAAGGAAAGUAAAGUCAGCAUGAGCAAAACCUCCAAACUGCUCUCUACCAGCGCAAAGAGAAUCCAGAAGGAGUUGGCCGAUAUCACAUUGGACCCGCCGCCCAACUGCAGUGCUGGUCCUAAGGGAGAUAACAUCUAUGAAUGGAGGUCGACAAUCCUGGGACCCCCUGGGUCAGUGUACGAGGGAGGCGUCUUCUUCCUGGACAUCACGUUUUCACCUGACUACCCUUUCAAACCUCCCAAGGUGACCUUCAGGACUAGAAUCUACCACUGUAAUAUUAACAGCCAGGGAGUGAUCUGCCUGGAUAUCCUAAAAGACAACUGGAGCCCAGCACUGACAAUCGCCAAGGUUCUCUUAUCUAUCUGCUCGCUCCUUACAGACUGUAACCCUGCUGAUCCUCUCGUUGGAAGCAUUGCUACUCAAUACAUGACCAACAGAGCAGAGCACGACCGAAUAGCCAGACAGUGGACCAAGAGAUAUGCCACAUAAUUUAUAGCUGUAUGUUCCUGUGUUACUUGUAAUGAAUGAGGCUGCUUAGAUUUUGAUUGGGGAUGGGGAUGGGGGGCAGGGGCUUAUAGGAGUUGGGGUGGAUAUUUCGGUCUUUUUAUUUCCUGAGAUGUGUUGCUGUUGUAAGUUAAGGUGUCUUGGUACAGGUAGAAAAAAAAGAAAUGGCAAUAAGUAUCUUAAGUGUUUUUGUUUUGUUUUUAAUGGUUAUUGUUAUUUUUUGGCUGCAAUAUUACCAUUCUACAUUAUUUCAACUGCUUGUAAAAGGUAAAUCGCAUGUUUUCCCCUAAAGCUUCAGUUUUCAAUGUGAAACUUCAAUAAAGUCUCUUGACACCAAA